CAGAACAACACAACAUUGCACAUUGACAUCAACACACACGAUAACAACAACAACACAACACUCACAAUCUGUAAACAUGCAGUCCGCAGGAGGUGCUGGUGACGGUGCUGGGGGUGCUGGGGCUAGCAGUAGCGCCACUACCGCAGUGCAGGACUUUGGCCGCCAACAGUGGUAGUUCGGAAAGGAGAUGCUGGCAAUGACCAUCGCACUCUUCCGAUACCUGUGGUGCAUGGGAUUUGCGCCACGGAACCUGACGGUAGAUGGCUUGGAGCUGUGGUGGUGGAGGAUGGCAGACGUCCAACACAUCGAAAACUUGGACCGUAUGUCUCGCUCUGCCUCGGCUUUCGGAAUUACUUGGAUCGAAAACGCGGCUAGGGUCAGGGAGCAAAUACGCCAUCCAGAGACCGGUAGAAUGAGGACGGUUCAGACCCGAGGUGUCUCGCUUCGAAAGGGAGCAUGCGGAGGUAAGGCUUUUUUGGUCAUGGCUUUUUUUUGGGGGUUUCUGCUCUGUGGUCAUUCUUCAUUAUAUGUGCCGCGUUUUGGCCUAAAACCCACGAUCGUGAUACUUUGCUUGUUUGUCCUCGGCUUCCCGCAGUUUCUGCUGCACUAUGAGUUCAAUGGAUCGGUAUGCCUCAGCACGCUUCUCCAUCUGUACAAUGAGCUCACAUCGUGACUUAUGCAAGAAUGGGAUCGACGUAUCGUCCAUACGUUGGAACACCUUUGCGUCAACUUGCCAAUGCAUCGGCGCCUGCGGAAUUCUACCCAAAUCAACCUCGAAAGGGCAGUAUCCGGUGCUGUUCUGCGUACCGUUGUAGGCAAACUCCAACAUCGUCAGUUUGUCAACCCAAUCGUCUCCCUUUACAUUAAGGUACGGUUUAAUCAUCUUCUUCAAGAUAGAGAUACACCGUCCGACCUUUCCGUCCGUCUGUUGGUGUUGCGCCGUGCUCAAGCUCUGCUUAGAGCCCAACAACGAUCGAAACACCUUCCAAAAGUCUGCCAGGGAGCGGAGAUCUCGAUCUCCGACGAUCACAG